AUGGCGUCACCAACACAAAUGGCGCCAUUUCCGCAUCCGCUGCACAAAAGCAACAGCAACAGCAACAACAUUGCCGCCAACAAACUGCAGUGCCACACAAAAACCUCAUCACAAUCACACCUGAGGCGUCCACAAUGCAUCACCACCACCACCACUGCCACUGCCACUAUUAGGGCCACACUGUUAUUGUUUUGCCAGUUUCUCACGGUAUUCUGCAUUCUUCUAAUGGCGACCGGAAGCGUGCGAAUGGCACAAGCACAAGAUGAUCCGCUCACCGCGACGAACGCCGUCACCGCACCUGGCCACCAUACGCAACCUUCAUAUGCAGAAGCCGUGCCGAGCGCAUUUUAUUGCCCUGCCGAGGGUUUGUUCGCCGAUGAUUACGACUGUCGUAUCUACUACCGCUGCGAAGCGAAAACAAAUGACUACAUCAAAGCGUAUGCAUUCGCUUGCAAACCGGGAACCGUAUUCUCACGCAACCUGCGUCUCUGUAUGCCACCCCAGCUGGCCGGCCGCGAGGAAUGCAACGAUUACAUGAACGAAAUUGAUACGGACAAUGGCGAUAAUGGUGAUGAUGGCCAACAACUGCCACUACUGACAUAUGGCAUUGCCAAUAACGUUAAUGGCUUAUACGCGACCGCAGGCAAUGCUGGCGUUGACGCUGCCCCUACCACUGUCGCUGCAUCUGCCGCAGUAACGCGUGGUCAAUUGCAAAAUUAUGGCUUGUCAGGUUUGGGUGGCGUUUCCGUCAUUUCCUUUUCCACAUCAGCGGCGCGUUCGGCUGGCAGUGGCGGUGCAAUGGCCGAACAAGGACCACCUUGUGAAGAUGAUGGAUUUAUGAGCGAUCCAGACGAUUGCACAAUCUUCUAUCGGUGCAUUUCGAAUGGGCGCAGUUUCAAUAAAAUCGGAUUUCGCUGCUCGGAUGGCACGGCUUGGGAUGGUGCAUUGGAAUCGUGUAAUCAUAUACACAGUGUACGCGCAGGUGGCGGUUGUAGAGGAAAAGCUGAUAAUUUAGUAUUGGCUGACUACGCAGCGGACACAACUCAAUCAACGCAAACCAACUACCAGAACACAACGGCAUCGAGCAGCAGUAGUCAGCAGAGCUCCACCAGUUCCACUUCCACCUCGUCCUCUUCAUCGUCGUCGUCAUCAUCGUCAUCGAAUUCUACAAGCUCAAAUGCAACGAGUGCCGGAGGUGCUGGCGGUAAUCAGCAGCAAACAAGCACUCAAUCAAGCAGCACAGAAAGUAAUUCGUCGAACUCACAGUCGCAAUCGAGUACACAGAGCUCGAGUUCCAGUAGUCAACAAUCAUCCACUUCUAGCACAGGCUCAACCUCCACUUCAAAUCAGGGUAGCAGCAACAAUCAGAGUGGAAAUGAAUCGAACAGCAACAAUCAAUCUAACUCGAGCAAUCAAUCGAGUAGCAAUAAUCAAUCUGGCAGUAAUCAAUCAAGCAAUCAAUCAAACUCUAACAGCCAAUCGGGAUCUAAUAACCAGUCAGGUAGCAAUAAUGAAUCCAGCUCCAGCAAUCAAUCUGGCUCAAGCAAUCAGUCAAGCUCUAGCAAUGAAUCGGGAUCUAAUAACCAAUCAGGUAGCAAUAAUCAGUCCAGCUCCAACAAUCAAUCUGGCUCAAGCAAUCAGUCAAAUUCUGGCAAUCAAUCGGGAUCCAAUAACCAAUCAGGUAGCAAUAGUCAAUCUAGCUCAAGCCAUCAAUCAAGUUCUAGCAAUCAAUCGGCAUCUAAUAACCAAUCAAGUAGUAAUAAUCAGUCCAGCUCCAACAUUCAAUCUGGCUCAAGCAAUCAGUCAAAUUCUGGCAAUCAAUCGGGAUCCAAUAACCAAUCAGGUAGCAAUAGUCAAUCUAGCUCAAGCAAUCAAUCAAGUUCUAGCAAUCAAUCGGCAUCUAAUAACCAAUCAGGUUCAAAUAAUCAAUCAAAUAGCUCCAACACCAACACCAACAAACCUGGCUCGGACCCCGAUUGCGAAAAUGACGAGACUUACAUCCCCGAUGAGAAAGACUGCACAAAGUUUUAUCGCUGCCGAGAUAAUGGAAUUACCGGUUUAGAAAAAGUGCCCUUUACAUGUGGGCCAGGUACAGUGUGGAACCAAGAAGAGAAAGUUUGUGACAUCCCCACCAGCGCACAAAAAGAGAAAUGCAAAGCAAUGUUAAAUAUAGGUGGCUCUACGAACACAACCAGUAACAAUCAGCAGUCAAGCAAUGAACAAUCAAGCAGCAACCAACAAUCUUCCAACAAUCAAAACACCUCCGGAAGCAACAAUCAGCACAGCAACCAACAAUCUUCCAACAAUCAAAACACCUCCGGUAGCAACAAUCAAGCAUCCAACAGCAAUCAGAAUACGUCAAGCUCUGCAAGUAAUCAAUCUUCUUCAUCUAGUAAUCAAUCGACUUCCUCAAACCAGUCAAGCAGUAAUCAAUCAAAUCAGCAACAGUCGAGCACCACUCAAAAACCUCUCAAUCCGGAGGGUGAUUGCAAGGAUACCGAGACUUAUUUAGCCGAUAAGACAGAUUGUCGUCGUUUUUACCGCUGUGUUGAUAACGGUAAUGGAGGUUUUACUAAGGUAUCUUUCGAUUGUGCACCCGGUACGGUUUGGGAUCCAGAUGUUUUAGGCUGCAAUCAUCCAACCGAUGUACAAAAGGAGCAGUGCCGAGUUAUGGCCAGUGGUGGUAGUGGUGGUAGUGGUUCCAAUACCACAUCAGGUACGGGAACAAGUCAGCAGACUUCGAGUAAUAACCAAUCGGGAUCAACAAGUACAAGUAGUUCAAAUCAGCAGGGCUCAUCAAGCUCUAGUCAACAGUCAUCAGGAAGUAAUCAAACUGGAACAAGCUCGAGCGGUUCAAGUCAACAGUCUUCUAGUAGUAGUCAGUCUUCAUCAUCAAGUUCCGGUCAGCAAUCUUCCGGCAGUAAUCAAACGAGCUCAUCAAGCAGUACAAGUUCUAAUCAGGAAACGUCGUCUAGCACCAGCUCAAGUAGCACACAAGAAGCAACUACAAGCACCCAAGGCUCUAACACUCAAGGCUCCACUACAGCUCAAAGCUCUAGCGGCAACCAGACCUCCACUGCAACUCAAGGAUCCUCUACAACACAGAGUUCUAGCAAUAAUCAAGGCACAACGACACAACAAGGUUCGUCCGGGACGCAACAAGAAUCUUCAACAUCAACAAGUAGCAGUAGCAACAAUCAGCAAGGCAGCUCUACAACACAAGAAUCAAGUGGUUCGCCGUCCACAACAACCAGCCAAAGUUCGACAACCACGCAAGGCACAACCACUAUAGCUCCUAUCCAAUCAAAGCCAUCUGGCAACUGCGAUCACAAUACACAAUUUUUGGGUGAUGAGAAAGAUUGCGCAAAGUUCUAUCGCUGCGUCGACAAUGGCAAAGGCAGUUAUGAUAAGAUCGCUUUCACCUGUGGACCAGGCACCGUUUGGGAUAGCACGAUUGCAGCUUGCAAUCACGCUUGGGCAGUGAAGGAUAAGAACUGCGGUGCAGGUGCCGCAACUCAAAAGCCACAAACUACGCAAUCACCAGCUACCCAAGGCCCUACUACGCAAAGCCCUACGACUACUCUCCCGCACCAAACUACGAAGCCUCCCACACAAGUACAAAAGCCUACUACUUCACGUCCAUCACAAACAACCAGUCGCCCAGGUGAUAGUACGCAGUCACCUCUCCCACCACCACCCACUGUAAGCACCCAACGCCCCAUCCUCACUCAUGGGGUGUGCCAAGUAGAGGGUUUCAUUGGUGAUCCCAAAGACUGUUCUGUGUUCUAUCGUUGCGUAAACAAUGGACAAGGAGGAUUCACGCAAUAUCCAUUUAAAUGCGGAGACGGCACUGUUUGGGAUAACGAUUUGCAGACGUGUAAUCAUGACUUAAAGAUGUGUAAUACGAAUGCGGCUACCAGCAAGCCAACAACUACUCACGAACAAACAACUACAACGCCAACGGCAACAUUACCCACCACCACUCAAGGGCAAUCUUCUACGCAGACUCCCACCUUUGAUUCUACAACAAGACCUCCAUCGACAACUACAACAGAUGAGGGCAAACUACCGGAAACCUCCACACUACCAGCAACGACAACAACAUCAGGCACCUCUCCAACAACAAAACCUGAGUAUACCACCAAGUAUCCAAGCUCAACCACUCCGACCAGCGCAACAGAAUCCACCACUUCUUCUACGCUAGAGUCCACCACAAGCGGCGAGUAUACAACAACCCUGAGUCCUAUACCAAAUCUGCCACCCGGCACUAAAUGCGAGGCUGAGGGUUUUAUGGCUGAUCCGUACAACUGUCGUAAAUUCUACCGUUGUGUGAAUACUGGAGAUGGCUAUGUAAGACACGAAUUUAAAUGCGCUAAAGGCACGGGAUGGAGUGAGGAAAAGCAAACUUGUGAUCAUGCCAGCAACAUCGACAGGUGUGCAGGGCAAACGGAAGAGCCCGAACCUGUAACCACAACGGAAGUAUACUUUGAAACAACAACAGAAAGUGCGUAUCCAAGUGACAAACCUAGUAAUGAGAAGCCAACCACUACACAAUACCCAAGUACAACGGUUCAACAGCCUACAACAGUCAUAACCGAAAAGCCAACCACAGCUGCACCUGCAACCACCACACAAGCUACAACCACAACUAGUGCUCCUACAACAUGGACCACAACGCAAGCCCCUACAACAACAACAAGCUGGCCUACAACACAGCUGACAAGCACAACUGCUUCUCCGACUACAGGCUCGCCGGAAAUAACAAAGCCUACGACAACCGCGCCAACGCAAGAAUCAACAACUGAAGGUGACUCGACCACAACAUUGCAGCCCACUUCGACUACACCUGUGCCGAACUUGCCACCGGGCCAAACUUGUCAAGGUGAAGGUUUUAUGGCGGAUCCUAUGGAUUGUCGGAAGUUCUACCGUUGUACCCGAAACGGAGGCGCGUAUGUGCGACACGAAUUCACUUGUGCGAAAGGUACAGGAUGGAGCGAGGAGAAACAAACUUGUGAUUAUGCUGCAAAUAUUGAGCGUUGUGGCGGCCAGACUGAAGAACCGGAAACAUCGACCAUAACUACAGAAUCAUCAUUCGAAAGUUCAACAACGACAAGACCGAGUGAGUGGUCAACAACUACGCAGGUGCCACAAACAACAACACUGCCCACUUCUACUACACAGCAAACGACCACAAUAGUAUCUACAACUCUGCAAGAAAGUUCCACCACCACUGAGAAGCCUACAAGUACACCUUUGGGACCAACAACUACACAAAGACCUAUAACAACCACAACCAUUCAAGCAGAAUCCACCACAUAUCCAUCUACUUCGAAACCAGGCUACUAUCCCACCACUCAAGCCCCCAUAACCACAAACAAACCAGCCACAGAUUAUACCACAACUCAAUCCACCACGACUGAAGACUAUCCAGGCACAACUGUGGAGCCUGUCAAUCACGUCUGCACCAGUGAAGGUUUCUUCCCUGAUCCACAGGAUUGCAACCGUUACUAUCGUUGCGUUGACGCGAAAAAGAAUGGCAAAUAUCAAAUUUAUAGUUUCCGCUGUCCAGCAGGUACUAUUUGGGAUACAUCGCUAGAGAUUUGCAACUUCCCCGAACGUGUUUCGGGUAACUGCUCAGAUGCAGGUGGCAUGGUAACCACAACUGAAUGGCCAACUACGACCAUUACCGAGAAGCCAACUGAAAAGCCAACAGCGAAACCAACGAAGCCAACUGAAAAGCCCACGACGGAGGAAACAACUACGGAAACAACAACACAGCAGCCAACAACCGAACCUGCCACGACCACGCAGCCUACAACAAGCACCAAACCAACUACUGUGCCAACAACUACAACUACCGCACAACCAACUACAACCACCGAGCAACCAACUACAACUACCGAACAGCCAACUACAACCACCGAGCAACCAACCACAACUACCGAGCAACCAACUACCACUACCCAAUCUCCUACAAAUCCGCCAACAACAACGCCUGAAGCGAUAACAACUACCCCAAGUCCAGCAACGAACGACAGUAAACCAUGUCCUGAAACUGGUGAAGGCCAAAAUACUUUUGUCUGUCCGACUGGUUUCCGUCGACAUCCGAAGAGCUGUGACCUAUUCUAUCAAUGUACCGAAAAGGCCGAUAGCUAUGAUCUAGCGAUAACAGUAUUCGAGUGUCCCAAUGGAACGGUGUAUCAAGAGCAAAGGAAUCUUUGCGACAAACCAGUCAAAGGUGAUACCUGUCUGGAUAAGGCGAUGACCCGCUCGGCGUUCUAUGAGGAUCAAAUUAGGCGCAUGAAUAUGGUACAAAUACGCACCAUCGGCGAGCCACUUUGUCCCGAUGAAGGUCAUUUCGCACUGAAUAAGGAUGAAUGCAGUCAGCUUUUCAUCAAAUGCGGUUACUCAACAACGACCGGUCGCUUGGAGGGUCAACUGUUCCGUUGCCCCCAAGGAUUUGCAUAUUGGGCAGUGAGUCGACGCUGCGAACGCGCACAGAAGUUGCUCAGCUGCACACCAACUAAAUACGAGAUUGGCGAUGAUCUGCCAAUGGAAUGGGCGAAUAUUGGAAAUAGACGUAGAAAUUUGAAGAUUUAGAUUUAGAUUUCGUAAGAGAUGACAAGAUGAUCACGAGAAAUAUAU